GGACUAUUGUGAUAUGAUGUACUGAAGAAAACACAAACGUCUUUCAGGUCUUAUAACGUACCACCGGCAGAUAAAAUAUUUACGAUACGUUUAUUAAAUACAGUUUUUUUCUUCAGGACAACUUUGAUGUGAAUUUGAUUUGUGUGGUUAAGGCUGUUUUUCUUUUGGUGAGAAUGUUGAGGAAUAUGACUAUUUACAGAAAAACGUCAUUUGGUCUCUUCAUAUUGAUCGUGUUUGGUGUGUUUUAUGCUGAUUCAGAUGAAGUGAAGUCAGUGUCAGUGAUGCAGGGAGAGACUGUCACUCUUCACACUCAUCUUACUCACAUACGGAGAUAUGAUCAGAUACUGUGGAUGUUUGGACCUCAAGAGACUUGGAUUGCUGAAUUGUAUAAGCAAAGCAUUGAUAUGUUAGAUGGUAGCAAGUUAUUUGGAGAAUGGACACUAUGGCUGGACAGUCAGACUGGAUCUCUCACCAUCACAAACAUCAGUACAUCCCACACUGGACUUUAUAAACAGAUCAUCAGGAACAGAGAAACAUACAAUGCACCUCAUCACAUGCAAUUCAAUGUUAUUGUCUAUGCCCGUCUGCCCAAAGAUUCCAUCACAAAUCACACUCAACAUCUCAACAUCACUGAACUAUGUGAGUCAUGUACAGAUCAUUUCUCAAAGGUGAUCUCAGCAGGAGUGAUUUCAUUAGUUCUGAUUGUACAUGCAGCUGGGUUGAUCUUACUGUACAGGAAGCGCAAACAUAAAUCUAAUAAAGCAGCGGUCCAAAAAAAAGAGGAGAAUUACAUGAACACAGUGUUUCUCAGACAAAAUGAACAAAUGAAAGCUAGUGGUACAGAGGGUACUAUUUAUUCCAGUGUUGCGUGAGACAAUGAUCAAGCCAACAGCUCUCAUUAAAUGUCUGUUUCUGCUGUGGUUUCGCUUUAAGGCACUAGACUAAGCUGAAAAACAUUUUUUUGCAGUUAGCCUGAAAUGAGAAAGACGAUGCAAUAAAUACU